UUCUCCUCCCACUUGUACAAAAAUAGCCACGGGGCUUCUCCCCAGUGGAGGACAGCAACAAACAUUGGCCAUAAGUUGGUAAACACAGAGUGGAUUUGGGUUGGUCGAAAGCUCGGCUCCGUGUGUCGUUUGCUGCGCCAGCGGACGUGACAGGCUGCCGGUUGGGGCAGUUGUGGCCCUGCAGCCGGCUGAGCCAUGGGGAACGAGGGCAGCACAACUGAAGCGUUGCCAGAAGAGGGCGCUCCAGAAAAUGUUCUUCUGUUUCCACCCCAGGAAAAUCGAAAUGAGUCACUACAGGUCGAAGCUCCUGCUGAGAGUUUGACUUGGAGGGACGACCGAGCGCUUCUGACCGACGGCUCGCCCGGCCGCCAGAGUCUGCUGUCCGAACCGGUGCUCCCAGACAUCGCGGUCAUCACCGGAGUGGAGGAGAGCACACGUGAGUCCGGAGACGCGGAUGAGCUCGAGUUUCCACACGACCUGCUGCCCAGCCUCGACUUCAGCAGCGAGUUCCACAUCUGGGAGUCCUCGUUGGGCAGAGCUCAGACUAGCUCAGGUGAGAGGAAAUGUGAGCAGGGGAACCCCCUGCUGGCAGGCCCGCAGCACCACAUGGACAGUCGACCACCGGGGGCUAUAGAUGCAAGGCCUCAUGACAGCGACCCAGUUUUCCCAGAUGCUCAGCCUCAGCCUGCUGCCACACCUUACCAGGUGGCCCAAACCGUGACCCCUCCCGUAUCCCUGCUCCUCGACCAGGAGCUCCGAGAGGCCUUCCAGCAAUGUGAAGAACAAAUGGCCUCACUGGGCAUAUUUAAUCCCACAGAGCCUCCAAGCACCACGUCUCAGAUGCUUCAUGUAGACAGGAAAACUGGAGAAGGGGUGGUUAAUAAAUCCAUUGAGUCAUCGCCACCUCCUCCAAUCGUUAUCCAGCAGGGACAUAGCAACGGGGUCCAUGGAAACAAGAGUACACACGGAGACAGUGAGGCAGCAAAGAGUCAGGCGGAUACAGUUGUGUUUAGUUUCAGGGAUUACAUAUUGGGCACUGAGAGUAGUGCUACGGCAGCAAAGAAAGAGAGUGAAAUAAAAGCAAAACAGAGUCUGCAUGAACGUCCAGAGAUGAAGACGGACAAAGAAAUAAAGAUGGUGGAGCAGAAGGAAACACCCACGCAAACACAAUUAGAAAUAACUAAAGAUGUAUUUAAAGAAACUGACAGUUGUAUUCCUCUCUCCGAGCACAGAGACAAUUUUAGAGAGGAGCGAGUCAACUCUUAUGCAGCCGUUGAGGAACAUUGCACUCUGGAUUGUAAUACAGUGAUUAAGGAGGAAGGUACAGAGGCAAUCACAGAGACUGUAGAUACCAAGGAAGACAAUUGCGCUGAUGAAUCCAGUAAUUGCAUUUUUGAAAAAGAAGAGACGGAUGAUUUAGUUAAUGAAGGCAGUAAAGAUGCUUUCACAGAGACAACAACACGAGCAAACAAUUACAGUGAAGAGGAUCAGCAGUCAAACACAGACAAACGGAUGAAUUUGUGUGACAAACAUGUCGGGCAAGACAGCAAGGUGAAGAAGAAAGCAAAAAAGAAACAAAGGAAAAAAAAAAAAGUGGAAGAGAAGCACGCUGAGACUGAACAUAAAGCACAAACUCUAGUACAACCUGAAAAAGAUUUCAAGGACGUAUCUCUCAAGAAUGCAGGAAAUCACAAAGGUUCAAAUGCAAAUAUCAAACCCGGGACACAGGCAGAUGGUCAGACUGUGAUUUGUGGGGAGCAGCCUGAUAAUGGGUGUGACUCCAAGCAACAGCUGAGUCCCGGGGGAAGCCCCAGCCCCCCACGAUCCUCCCCUCACAGCAGGCAGGAUCAUCUUACUGACUCGAUCUGUUCACCUGUGUCCAACCAGGCUUUUUCACAUAGCCCCCAUCAGUCAGAUAAACACAACCCCACGGAUGCCCCAUGUGGCAUUAAUCACAGCUCAGACGAAAGCCUGCAUGUAACCGAAUGUGUCAUUGAUAACCAAAAUACACCAGGGACUCGUGUCCAAGUUAUCAAUGCAUCUGUUCAUCCUGAAAAGAGAUCAUACCCACAAACCACUGAGGCUAAAGUUACCUCCGAGGCAGCGAUACUCUCACAUGAGAGUCACGGCCCACUCUCAAACACCCAAACUUGUGUGGGAGCGAGCGGUGUGGAGAGUGCCCUUGAAGAGGCUUUAGUAGUCGUUGCUGCGUUGCCACUGGCAACACCCGCGAUGCCAGAAGUGAUAGAAAGCAAGGGAGAGGGAGAAAGCGAGAGGCGUGAUUCACUGGAGAGAGUGGCUACUGUAGCAAUCGCAGAGAGGGAGAAAGCAGUAGGAGACAAAGAUCUGGUAGGAGGAGUAGAGAAAUGCCCCGGAGAGAAAGAAGGACUCCUGGACAGCCUUCCUCCGCUCGCAUUAAUCUGUUCACAGGGCGAAGAGGCAGAGGCUGCGUUUAAGGAAAGCCGCAGCGUCAAAAUGCCACACAGCUCGACUGACACUGAAAUGAAGGGAGCGAGAGGGACGAGCGCUCGCAGUCCAGAUACGGAGAUGCCAGCAGAGGAGGGAGACGGAGCAAAGGAGGCUCCCCUGUUAGCCGCCUUUAGCGAUACUCCUCCCUUUGGGCUACUCGCUGGUCCUGAUUGUCUGGAUGACAGAGCUGCGCGAUCGGAGGGAGGAGGAGGAGGAGGAGGAGGAGGAGGAGGAGGAGGAGGAGAGGAUGUGGGAAGGAAAGCCGGACUGACCAAAGUGCACAGUCUAUUCAGCCAGCCAGAAGGCUCCGCUAGCGGGGUGUCAUCAGCUGAGACUGAGUCGCGUCCGCCCACUAAUGUUGCCGAGUCACAGCUGAGGUCACAGAGCUGGAGUGAGCCGAUUGCUGCCAUCUCUGGGACCUUCUGCACUGAACAGGAUCGUCUCCCUCACCGCAGCCGGGAGCAGCACGCAGCAGCAGCAAUUUUACCUCUCCUCCCUCAUUCUGAACUGAGCUCCGGCGACACAAACAGAGGGGAUCGGGCCGAUCUCGGAAAUGAUUUGACUGCAGAGGAUGCCCCGUCUUUGGGACGCACUUGUGAAAAGUCAUCCACCAAAGAGGCAGAGAGUAACUACAGCCGAGUUGUCCUGCCUCUACUUUCACCUCAGGUCCAGCCUGAGAGUAGCACAACAGAAACCGGGACAGCUGAAAGUGCUGCUGAGUUCCAAGCUCAAGCCCGGAACCAGAGCAAAAGAGGAGCCAUGUCGGUUCUGGGUGGGCACGUAGGUGACAGCAGUAGAGGCACCAGUAGAGGCAACAACAGAGUUCACUUUGCAGACUCGGUGAAACAAGAAGGCGGUUCCUCUGUGGUUCUAGGGCCCAUGGCGGUGUCGACUAUGGACUGCGCCUCUCUGCCUCCCCUGACUGUACAUGAGAGCUUGCACUAUCCCGUCGUCGAGGCCAGCUACACCUUCCCGGACUUCCUUCGCUUGAAGAAGUCAGAAAUCGCCGCGGAUGGACUAGCAACGCGGCGCUCGGCCGACUUUCCAAAGCCACAGAAAGAUGUCCUUUUGGAUGAAGGAGGUAAAGGGACUAAACACACCGGGGAGAAGAUUAACGUGGAUCCAGUGGAUAAUGAAAACUUAAAGACAAACUCUGUGGAUUUAAAGUCGGUGGACACAAUCUGCUCAAAACAGCACCCAAGUGCAACCGAGAGGAGUCAGACUGAGGACCUUUCACAACGAGUAGAAAGAUCCACCUCUGAUGCCGAUAAUUCAACAGUUGAAAAGGUGUCAGCAAAGGGGACAAAGAACCCAAAGGGGGACACAGAGAAGGGAGCCUUUAAUCCGGGUUUGUUGACUGCGAAAAAGGUAAAUAAUUUACAUGCUGAGUCUCAGGAAUCCCCUUUAGUCAGUGAUGAAGGUAACCGACAUCCUCUAUCCUCAUGUUCUUUGUAUCCAGCUGACGAUGUUACCCGCCAGCCUUUAAGCGAUGUCUCUGCUGACUUACCUGGUGAGCAGCUCUCUACUGACCUUGUGACCUGUUCAGAUACUGAAACUGUGUUCAUGAUCCGCACAGCAUCUCCUCAGACAAAGCCCAAGGACCCAAAUGAUCAGCCUCCCACCCAAUUGGAUCAAACACCUCCUCGUGAACAGGUUGCCAUGGAUGCCAUGGAGAUCAAAAGUCACUCUUAUGAUCUGACGACGGAGGAAUCAGUGACUUCAGAGGAAGUGACAGUCUGUGCUCUGUCAAUUCCUGUUAUAGAGCAAUGUUCCAGUAACUCUUCUUUAGUGCUGCGGCCUCCUGGCCCAAUGUUGAGUCACUUGGAGUUCAUCACCGACAGUGAUAUCUCACUUCCCGAGCACACAGAUGACUGCGGUGCUGAUCGUGACGCCACCAAAGUGGAGGGAGGAGCUGAUGGCAACAAGACCAGGGAGAUGACUCCCAUGUCUUUAGCACAGGAUCUGCAGCACGGCGAUGAGACUAAUUUAAAACUGGAGGACGGAAAUUAUACUAUGGAAUCUGUCGCUGAACUUGACAACUCUGCAUCUAGCAAUAGGAAUAUUCCAUUUCCACUACCUCAACCAAAAGGUUGGUGUGAUGAUGGAACUCCUCAAUCUUACACUGAGUCAGGCCCUACUUUCCUCAAACCCAGUAUUUUUGAAGCCUCCAUUAAGGAGGAUCUCAUCAGCAUCAGCUGCCUAAGCAGUUCUGACCUGUCUACCAAAGAGGCUUAUGAUGACGUUAAACAAAAAGAUAUGAAUAAGAAACCGGGCGAUCAGACCUCUGUGGUGUUUGCGGAGAAAAAUGAAAAAGUUGAAGAGGUGACAAUGGAUAAUCUAAAGGAAGCAGCAGACCUCGACAAACUGCAGACAGGAAAGACCGUCAAAACACCACAACAGUGUACUGGGCCAGAUGAAGAGGCUGUAGAGGAAGUCCUGCAGCUACCACAUGAACAUAACCUUCAGAAGACUGAAUCAACAGUAAUGGGUAUUAAGGAUGGAGAAACUAAGAUUGACUUUGCAUCUAAAAGCCUGACUGAGACUUCUUCCUCAUCUGCCUUGAAACGUUCAGCGUCUCCUAGAGAGGGGCUAAGCUCUAAGGUAGAGUCUGGUAUCGAACCUCACACUGUUUUUCCCCUGAGUUUGUGCCAAACACCGACAGCAGCAGCGGAGCGCUGCUCCGACAGGGCCCCGGCACCAGAUGCGAGUGCAGCUCUUGGCCAAUCACGGUCCACGCCAGAGCCAAACUGUUUUGCUCAGCAACAGGAGCAACCGCAGUGGCCUCUGGGAACAAGACAUCCCACGGAGGAAUUAUCAGGUGACCGUCAAGAGCAGGGAGAAAAGACUAACAGUCAGCCAAUCCAAGCACUGGUUUUAGGGGGGUCAGGGGUGGUCGAGGGAGCAGACAGCUCAAUUUGGAGUGUGUGUCAGUCAGGAAACGAGGGUGAGUUGAUCCGUGAUGGCAGCAGUGGUGACGAUCGAGGCAAAUCUACAGCAGCUCUUGAUGGGGUUUAUGUGCCGUCUCACCUCGCCAGUGAUGUUGACGAGAGUGGAAGGGCGGCUGAGAGAAACGUCUCUGCUGACAUAGUGAGAGGAACGGACUCCUCUCAUGCACGUGAGAUAAAACACGGGAUGAGCGAGAAUAAAUGCCCUGCGUUAGCGGUGGCUGGGUCAGAUACAGACACUGGGUUUGCGAGUGUGCCGGUUUGUAAAAGUCAGCAAAAUGGCAAUCCAUCACCUGACUGUCAAGACCAACAUGGAAAACAAGAGACCUCCAAGAACACUGCGGUAUCUGUUGAGUCAGCAUCACAGGAACCUGAGGCAUCACUUGUCCAAACAAUUGUUUCAUCAAAGUUCAGCACAGACAGUGAAGGCAUUCAUCCAGUGGUUUCACCUUGUGAGAACCAGGCAGGAGAAAUCCACACAAGCAUGUCCAGUACUCUGGUUGUGCAAGCAGGAUCCGGGGAAAAGGAUUUCAGGGCUGAAAAUGCGAAAAGCAACAGUGGUGUAACCGGGGAGUGUGAAAUUCAGGAUACAGUAUUCGAGCCUCCUGAACUACAAAAUGCUAACAAAACAACGGCCACACGAAGCAGCCCAGCAGUACAAACACCCAUAAAAGGCCCCGAUGUGGAGGAGAUCACAAAGGAAGAUAGAGCAGCUUUUGGCGAAGAGAAAGCUAGCAGCCAGGGACGAAUUGAGAUAAAAGCAGUGAACAAUGAGGCAACGACAAGGCAGGAGGUCACAAAUCAAACUGGGAGUGCUAAAGACAGAAGCUCAUUUGGUGUUUCUGAGGCAUCAGGAAAUGACGCCCCCCCGUACGAAGGAAUGUCCGAUGGAAAAGAACAAGUGUUUGUGAACACAGAGGCUGCCGAUGUGUCGCAGGGUCAAACGGCCGGGAAGCCAGAAACAAACUGGAUUCAAGCAUUAAAGGAGGCUGCGAAGCUUUCGCAGAGUAAACAUGAGACAUCAAGACCUCUUCCAUCUCUGGAGUCCCCUCAACUAGAGUUUCUUACUCCGACUGAAGAACUAGCAGCCCCUUGGAGACAAGCGGAGAUCCAUCCACCAGAACGAGCAGCGGAGAAUACAACCGAGACAACAGCUUUGAAUAUUUUGAAAAAGCCAGUGGAUCUUCCCAAACCUUUAACGAAGACAGCAGAGCUCCUAGAACCGACUCAGAACACAAACGUGGUGUUCCUAGAAGAAGAGGAGAAAGUAGAGCUCCUGAAAGCAGCACAGCAGACAGUAGAGCUCCUAGAAGAGGAGGAGAAAGUAGAGCUCCUGAAAGCAGCACAGCAGACAGUAGAGCUCCCAGCAGAGGAGGAGAAAGUAGAGCUCCUGAAAGCAGCACAGCAGACAGUAGAUCUCCCAGCAGAGGAGGAGAAAGUAGAGCUCCUGAAAGCAGCACAGCAGACAGUAGAUCUCCUGGAAGAGGAGGAGAAAGUAGAGCUCCUAGAAGAGGAGGAGAAAGUGGAGCUCCUGAAAGCAGCACAGCAGACAGUAGAGCUCCCAGCAGAGGAGGAGAAAGUAGAGCUCCUAGAAGAGGAGGAGAAAGUAGAGCUCCUGAAAGCAGCACAGCAGACAGUAGAUCUCCUGGAAGAGGAGGAGAAAGUAGAGCUCCUGAAAGCAGCAGAGCAGACAGUAGAUCUCCUAGAAGAGGAGGAGAAAGUAGAGCUCCUGAAAGCAGCAGAGCAGACAGUAGAUCUCCUAGAAGAGGAGGAGAAAGUAGAGCUCCUGAAAGCAGCAGAGCAGACAGUAGAUCUCCUAGAAGAGGAGGAGAAAGUAGAGCUCCUGAAAGCAGCAGAGCAGACAGUAGAGCUCCGAGAAGAGGUGAAAGUAGAGCUACCGAAAGCAGCAGAGCCUCCAGAAGAGCUCCCAGAACCAAGAAGGGAGCCACAAACUUCCUCAGAAAAACUGCCAACUGAGCUCCUUAAAUCAACAAAAAGCCCAAAAGAGCUCCCAGACCCAACACAUAAUGAAAUAGAGAACCCAGAACCAACCAAGGCGUCAACAAAGCCACCUGAACCAGAGAAGCGGCUGAACAGGGAGCAGCCGGAGGAGCCAAGAGAAACACCUGUAGAGAUCCAACCUGAGGAGCCAUUUAACUUUCCAGCAGUCCAGGACCCUGCUGAGGAGCGACAGGACAGCGGGUCCUCCCUCGCUGAGCAGGCAGGGAGAGGCGACAGAGUCCCAGCCUCUCCUCCACCCCCUUCCCCCGAAUACCACCUCUUACCCGCCAUCCCUGCUCACACUCACGAAGCACCACCAACCCCACCUGCAUCUCCCUGCUUUCCUCCUGCUCCUCUACCAGACCCCGCCUCCCCAGCGUUAAAUCCUGCUUCCCAGUGUGAGGACCACUGCCCCGCCACAGCACCCUGCCAGGCUCCUUUGAGGAGUUCAGACUCUGACGGAGCGUUUGAGACCCCUGAAGCCACAACCCCAGUGAAGGCUGUUUCUCCCAUAGAUCCCCCCACCCAGCAACUAACGUCCGAUGACAAAGUAGCAGACUCUGAAUUGACCUCAGCGGAUGCCACAUGUGGUACCCCUACCAUUGUUUUUGACGAGAACAAGCCCAUUGCAGCCAGUGGCCAAUACAACAUCGAGUUUCCAGCCGAUUCAACAAGUCACACUUUGACCCGCUCACUCAGCCUCCAGGGAGGAGAACUGGACAGUGGCGGUCUGUUGGACGGAUCCUCUGUGGGAGGCUUCCGUCCACAUUCUGAAUCCUUCAGCGUCGGCACUGAGAGUGCUCCGGGGACGCUCCGCAGGCCCAAAAAAGUCCACCCUGGGUCUGUGAGGAAGAAGCCUCUUCCGAGACAGAACUCCAACCCAGAGAGCCCCAGGCCGGCCUCCUCCAGCAGCACCCCGGAGAUCAAGAAGCGCGCCAAGCCGCGGGCCGCCAGCCCUCUGCAGCCUCCGGAGGAAGCAGAGGGGGGAUCUGCUACCCCCAGCCCCGGGGGAACCCUCCGCAGGACCAGGAAGAGCCGAGUGGAGACUCCUCCUCCCCUGCCGGAGGAGGUCAACCACACCAGCCAAGAGGAGCGCCCGGUCGUCCCUGCCUUACCCUUGUGCCAGGAGGACACCCCUCUCACGUGUAGUCUGACAGGCAACGGCGAGUCCCCCAUCCCGCCUAAUACCUCCUACAAAUGGGAUCCAGAUAAUUUUGAGGACAUCGAUCCUUUCAAUACUGGGGGUAGUAAAGUUGCCAAUUCCCCCAUUCUUGGUCGCAAAGGCCCUGUGUGUGCCCCCAUUGCUACGCCUCUCGAGAGUCCCCCUGUAUCUUCUGUAGAGCCGGGUCCCCCAGCUCCUCUUCAAGAGCCAAUCACAAACCCAGAAGAGCAACCCAUCGUCCCCACGCGUCAGUCGGUAAGGCUGGAGUUUGACUACUCUGAGGAGGGCAGUGAGGCGUCACACCAGGCCUCUCUCCCACCCAAGAAAGUGGGCAAGAAGCCCGGAGGGAAGAUGCCUCUGAGGAAACCAAAGCUAGGGCUGAAGAAGGCCCUCAAAGCGCAGACAGAGCAGCUGGACAACAAUCCUCCAGCAAGCCACAACGGCAACGAGGAGGACAUCCCUGUGCCUGAAGUGUCUUACAAGUUGGAACCCGACAAGUGGGAUGAUCCCAACUUCAAUCCAUUUACUUCUAAGAAAGGAAUCACCAACUCCCCCAAACAGUCUCGGCCGACAUAUUCCUUUGACUCCAAUGACUUUGACGACUCAGAAGACCCUUUCAAAUCCUCAAAUAAGAUGUCCACCUCACCUCCAAAGGCUUCUGCCUCCUUCGAACUGUCAUCCAAUGACUGCGACAAUGAAAAUGAUAACGACAACAUUGGAGAACUGCAGGACCAAAACCAGAACAAACCUGGCAAGAAAAAGAAAACUCCAAUCAAAUCGAAGUCCGGGAGUAUGUCUUCUCUAUGUUGUCUGUUUAAUACUUUCAGAGUGAAAAGGUCGCCAAAGAAAUCCCCGUUGUCCGACCCAUCCCAGGAUCCCACGCCCACAGAUGAAACUCCCUCUCUGCGCCCAAAGGACGACCACGCCACGGACGAGGAGAAGCUGGCCUCCUCCACCGGUCACAAGUGGGCCGCCCUGCACGGCGUGGAAGCGGAUUUGAACUCUGACCAGCAAGACUUCCCUCUGCCGUCCGACCUCACUUCCUUUGUUAAUGAGAACAGUCUUCCUCACCAGACUCCAGUGCAAGACUAUGAAAUUGAGUACAUGGAGAAGCUUGGCUCUGCUUCGCCUCCACUGUCCAUAAAGAAGCCGUCUUUGUACUUGAAGUUGGACUCAGUAUCUGACAGCUUAACCAAGAAUACGUGUGCGCAUGGAUCUGAGCCCAGUUCCCCCUGCACAGGGAGUUUUGAGGAGAUGGAGGCCCAGAUAACAGCGGCUAUGAAGACACCAGUGCUGGGCACCCGGUCCGGACCCGAGGGCUCGGCCGGGGACAAAGGCAGGAAGAGAGAGGGCGAGUCACUCAGCCGGACACAGAGCACGGAGAGGGAUGAGCAGUCCCCUUACCAGUGCCCUGUGGAGGCCCCUGCUCCAGUCCUGGCCAUGCCUCGGUUAGACAAGCUAUCUGAGUGUGACGACUUCCUGCAGUACCUGGAGCCUGACCUGGCUGAGACCAACCCCACCGCAUUCGCCGAAAAACUGCAGGAGGAGCUGGUGCUUGCCGCCCUGAGGAUAGAGGCUCUGCAGGUAGCCAAAAACAUCUCUCAGUGCCCCUCCCUCUCCACUGUAAGCCCCCAGCAGCACAGAGAUGUGUCUUCUCCAGUGGAGAGUGGUGUGUCCAAGAACUCCCUUUACACCAGGACCACCACCAGCUACAUUGAAGGGGAGAGCACCCACCUGCCCAGAGAACUGGACCACUCGCUGGGAAUCGCACGAGAUGAGAUCGUGACAAAGGAGAAAGAAGUGCUGGAGUGGCAGAAGAAGUAUGAAGACAGCCGACAGGAGGUGGUGGAGAUGAGGAGGAUUGUUGCUGAAUAUGAGAAGACGAUUGCACAGAUGAUAGAGGAUGACCAGAAAGAGAAGUCUCUCUCCCACCACACUAUCCAGCAACUCAUCAUGGAGAAGGACCAGGCCUUGGCCGACCUCAACUCUGUGGAAAAGUCUCUGGCCGACCUCUUCCGACGUUACGAGAAGAUGAAAGAUGUACUGGAGGGUUUCCGCAAGAACGAAGAGGUCCUGAAGAAAUGUGCUCAGGAGUAUCUGUGCAGGGUCCGCAAGGAGGAACAGCGCUAUCAAGCCCUGAAGAUUCACGCAGAGGAGAAACUAGAAAAGGCCAAUGCAGACAUAGCUCAUGUACGGGUCAAGUCCAAGCAGGAGCAGGCCUGCCACCAGGCCAGCCUGAGGAAGGAGCAGAUGAAGGUGGAAUCUCUGGAGCGCACUUUGGAGCAAAAGAACAAAGAGAUCGAGGAGUUGACAAAGAUCUGUGACGAGCUGAUCGCCAAGAUGGGGAGGAGUUAGCGACCACGGCCAGGCCAAAUCGCACAGAGGAGAGGAGACAAACAAAUAUUUUACGUCCAAGGACUGAUGGACAUUUUAGGCCAAAAUGGUCUCUUGGUUAAAUGUCCAACUGACUUUGUUUAUACAGAAUACACAGGAAUGAAUUCACACUAAUCAAUCUGUACAUUUGAAAUAUGUUGGUGUAUCGUACUGUGUCAGGGGUCUGAUUCAAAGUUUAAGAAAAUGUAUCAUAUCACUAAUGAGUGUGUACGUGCGUGUGUGAUAAUAGGAAAGCGAGAUGUUUUUGGGUGAAAUUAUCCAUAAUGAUGUUGCCAUGACAGCCGCUAAGGAAGAAGACUGUUUACCCGUUCCUGUUGUUGUCUCUUGGUACAGAAAAGAUAAUACUUUGAAAAAGAGUAACAGAGAUUUAGAUGACUUUAUAAAAAUGUGCAUACACCACUAAGAGAACACAAACUAUCACAAUAGUCUACUGCAUGAGGAAGAGAAAGGAUAACUUGUAAUGUUAUACGUUUGUAUAUACUGUAGGAAAAUUCCUAAUAUGAGACUUUGGUUAUUCUGUCAUCCUCGGCACGUUUCCCUGAUGUAAUCUUGUAGAUAUUUGUCAUACUUGUCAUAGCUUUCUCAAUUCAAUUGUGCAAAUAUUUUGGGGGAUGAUUUUAUUUUGAUAUAAAGCAAACUAAUUGUGACCUUAUUCAUAGUGAUACAUGUGUGAUGGAUAUGUCCUAGUUCUGCUGUGGUUGUUGUGUCACACUGAGGGAAAACCCUUCUGCACAGCUGCUGUACAGCCUCCGCUUACAAAGUGCAAUAAAAGAUGGCAAUACAGCA